UGGUCGGUUGAGUAAAAAGUGUGAAAUCAGUUAACCAGCGAAAGUGCUCGAAAAGCAGAGGCGGCUACCAACAGCCGCACAGUUACCACGGCAAGGAAGUUACCCAGAAGGAAGAUCCCAGCGGGAUUCCGACCAAGUUCAGGGGUGUUGGCCAAAAGGUGCCGCCCCCAAGUCCAAGACGCAACCCGUGAGGUUAGAAGCAGGCACCAGUUUUUUUCGCAGUGCUGUGAAGCCACCACAGCGCAAAAAGCCACCAGUGAUCGGCGCUCCAAAGAGGAGAAGGAGGAGACCACGGAUGGACGGCCGGCAGAAAACAUAAAAAGAAAUCAGCGGUCAAGUCAGCGUCCGGAGGGAGAGCGAGAGUGUCGCAAAAUUCGUCGGUGGUGUUAAUAGUCUCAUCAUAUUAAGAAAAAUGGCAUAUUAAUUGCCACAAGUUUUAUCGUCAGCCCAACUAAAAAAGUUAAGCAGCAAAAAGCUGCAAUAAUGUGCGGAAAUAAGUAAAGUUAAUUUAGUCUAAGUUUUUUUUUCUAAUAAUUUUUUUUUGGUAUUCAAAUGGAGUGAGUGAUUAUGUGAGUGAGAGAAUAUGGAAUGUGUGGCUACCGUGGUGUUGUUUUAUUGGUAGCUUAAAGGAAAAAGAAAAGCGAAUUAGGCUUAUAUUACAAAAAAAAAUAACUCAAAAAAACAAAAAAAAAAAAAAAAGAAUAAGAAUCAAAAGUACUAACGUUCAUUUAGUGGCAUCGGGUAGUGUUCAAAUAAAUAAUAUUUCUAGUUCCUCCCAAACAGCAGACUACCGUCGCCGAAAGCGCUUUCAUCGAUGGAUGUUUAAAGAAAAUUGGUGAGUGAUAUUAAUUCCAUAAAUCCCGAUAUUACCCCUACAAGAAUGUUCCUACAUUGCGUAUAGUUAUGCUGUUACAAAAAGAAAAGAAAUAAAUCAUACGCUACCGUUCGCUAGGGCCUCUUGAAAAAGAAAACGUAAACAAAGGCAAAAAACCCAAAAGAAAUUUAAAUGCAUUUAUAUGUUUGCGCGAACGCAACCCAGUCGCCGUUUAAAAGUAUUCCUAUCCUCACGCACGUUGUCAAUCAAAUACUCUGCCUUAAGCAACUAAUCUGCCCGAAAUAAGUUUCAUUGUAUUAGGACUUACCAUUAAUUUCAUUAGUCGCACUUUUGAUCAUUAAUAUAUUUUUAAUUAUUAUUUAUAUUAACCGUUAUAUACGUUCAUACAUGUCAAUUUCAAUAUUUAUUUAUUUAUUCACCAUAAUUUUUAUGUCUAUUUAUAAGAGUAUUAUUUCGUCUUAGUUUUAAUAAAUAUGUUUAUGAUGUUCUGAACAUCAAUAUUUUUUGCCGCAGCUAGCAUGAAGCCUCUGUAGAGUAAGUUACUUGGGCCUAAUAAGGGGUCAUCAAUAAUUAAGAAAAUAAAAGGGUAUGAUGGCCAUAGGUAGGGCGGGCAGAAGACCUCCUCAGUCAUCGGAGGUGAACUGAGACUUGUUUGGGCUAGAAGAAACCAAUGUCCCUCUCCUCUAUUCUUAUAUGAGUUCUCUACUUCCGGAUAUAGUAAGCUUGUCUUUCACGCGAAAAUAAGUUUUAGGAUCAAAAAAAGGCAUCUAUGGAAUCUGAAGCAAGACCACCACCCCCUCAUUGCCGACAAGCAGCAGCCGGACCAACGCUCGCGUGCGCUCAGUUCCAUGUAUUUCAUCUCGCCUGAACUCGGAAUUAUUCGUGAUUCGUUACAGUUAUAAAUAAUUCAGUUAAUAAUGAUUAUUAAUUCUUUGGCGCCCAUCGUUUCGGCCACAUUUAAAAUGUGCUCUCAAACUCAUACAUCAUUUCUUUUCUCCAUCUAGGGUGUCAGCAAUUCGGCAGUGUGCUAAACCAGAGUGUUUGGUAGUAACACAGCUGCUGGCGUUCACUUUCAAAACAAAAAUUCUCUCAGUUCCGCUGCACUUCCGAUCUGGCGAUUUGGAAGAACGACUAACCGAAUUAUCAGUAGUAGGUCAGUCGGCCACGUCAAACGGAAGCAGCAGAGGAGCAUUAGCUUUCCUAUACACUAUUUUCCAGGGUAGCCCCCAAAGCACGGCAUAUCAGUACGCUUAGGAGAAGCAGGCUAACAAUCAUUUUAGUAAUGAUUUGUCUGACCACGUAUGAUUUGUUGUAGUAAAGGGUUAAGUCUUUAUGAACUAAAUCAUAAUCUUUUGUCAAGCAUCUGCAUAGGAUUUAUUGCAACAACCUUUUACAAGGGAAUUGCAAGCCACAGAUGAUGGCAAAAGUGUAAUACUUUACCCUUAGCAAAGAAGAGCGCGGUAGCAGUCGCUUGGACAUCAGUCGUCGCUUAUCUCUUAAGAGCGGUAACUGACCACGGCUGACCACCCGCGCAGCAGCGCUGUUUGUUGUUGUUUAGCGCGAUUUUUUUUGCUGUCUUUGUUUUCUUUGGUUUCUUUUACAUUGUCAAAUUUGGAUCAGUUCAAGGCCAGUACUUAUUCGCAGGGGAAUAAGCUAUGCUUGUUGGCAAAAUAUUUUAUGAUAUAUUUUUUUGUUUAUUAAUUCAAGUUUCUUGUUACGUUUUUAGGUUUUACAAUUAUUUCAGCUAAUUAACUGGUGGGAUUUCAGAACCAAUUAUUUUAGCAAAACAUUUUGUUCUUCUCAUUGUUUUUUCGCCUUUCGCCUACUGUAGUCGGCUGCUGAUAAAAGGGAAGCGCGACGAGCGAACAUCUGAUCGAGCUGAGGAGGUCAUUGAUCUCUAAGUUUGAAGGUGCGAUAAGCAGUAGAACAAUAACAGUCACGGGUAUCUAACUAGGAGUAAUUUAAAAUUUUGGGGACUCAGUGUUUUAAAUUUAGAAAGAAUAAUAAUGUCGGACGAUGAGAAAGGCGCUGGGUCUGCACCCAAAUGCGUUUUAUGCGAAAAGACCUUGGCUUCGGCACCGACGCUGCAAAUUAAAUGUGGUCAUAAAUUCCACAAAGUCUGUUUCGAGUCGUAUGCCAAGACCAGAAAUUCUUGUCCGAUCUGCAAAGAGACUCCUCACGAUACCAGACAGCGUAAACGGCAAAAUACGCCGGCAGGUGCAGGGUCAUCAAGCUUAGAAGAAGCGGAGCAGGUAGCUAUAUCCCAGCACGCUAUAGGGAACAUUGUGGCACAACAAGUCAAAGCCAUGCAAAAUGAUCUGCUAGCACAGCUAUCGGAAAAGAUGGCCCAGCUGAUUCAAGUUAACUUAGCGGCUCAUAUGCCGCCACAAUCUAACGUCCCUCCCGCAAUAAAUGCGAGGCGGUUAUCAGAGUCGGUAAACUUUCAGGUUGGAGGCCCAACAAGCAUAGUGCACGGUUCAGGCCUAGCAACACCGAGGACCGAAGUCAACGAGCUUGCCCACAGGCCAGAUAAAGUUUGCCAAAUUGUUAACAGUUGGAAGCUAAGGUUUAGUGGCAGCAAAGAGGGCUUGAGUGUAGAUAAUUUUAUAUACAGAGUACAAGCACUCACAGAGCAGACACUAGAUUCGAAUUAUGAGGCUUUGUGUGGCAAUGCUAGUAUUUUAUUUGAGGGAAAGGCUAGGGAUUUCUAUUGGAGAUUUCAUAAAUCGGUCAGAGUAGUCAACUGGGAUGGACUCUGCUGUGCUUUACGGAAGCAAUUCCGGGACACGCGCAGCGAUGUUGAUAUUAGAGAAGCGAUCCGAGAUAGGAAGCAAAAAGAUAAAGAAGAUUUCGAUACAUUUCAUGACGCUGUCGUUCAGCUUAUGGACAAUUUAGAGUAUCCAAUGCCAGAACGCGAUAUUGUAGAUACUUUGAGCAGAAAUUUAAGACCUGAAAUCCGUCAUGAGCUGUUAAAUAUCAGAAUCAGCUCAGUAGAUAGCUUGCGCGAAAUUUGUCGGCGUAGAGAAAGGUUCUUAGAGGAUGUAAAGCGAAAUUAUAGCUACCAAAAGACGAUUCCGUUCCGUAAAAAUGUGGCAGAACUGGUAGAGGAAGCCCAAUCUGAUGAUGCGACCGAAUUUUCAGACGUCGAAGUCGACGGUGAAAUAGGUGCCAUGGCUCUAAUUUGCUGGAACUGCCGCCAAGAGGGCCACAGGUACCACGACUGCGAGGGAAAACGCAAAAUCUUUUGUUUUGGAUGUGGUCGUCCAAAUACAUAUAAACCUUCCUGCGUAAAAUGUCAAAAAAAACGCCAAGAUGAACACACAGCCUCGUCAGCCGUUGUGUGUUCAGCGCCAGAAGCCGACGAAUCCAGAGACGAACCAGUAGAAACGCUAAGUUCAACAGACCUACUAAAUUUGUCCGAAAAAAAUCAUAGUCCGCUUACAUUUUGGCCCCAAUUAGUUAAAUCUAAUCAGCGUUUGCCAAGUCCGAAUCCCGUCUGUCCGAAGAAAAGAUCAAGGAAUGCAAGCAGAAUAAGAGCUUUUUGGAGUGCGGCUAAAACCAUUAAUGCCAUUCGUUACAAAAAAUACGAUAAACGACCUUAUGCUGAGGUACGGGUGUUAGAUCAAGUGGUAUUAGGGCUUCUUGAUACAGGAGCGGCCAUGAGUGCGUUAGGAGGAAAAUUGGCUGAGCAAGUGGUCUUGAGUCGAAUUCCUUUUAAAAGAGUGGCAACGGUGGCAAGUACAGCGGAUGGAAAGAGACAAGAAAUAAUAGGCCGUUUAAAAAUUCCGGUGCAGUAUAAGAAAAUCACUAAGGAUUUAGAACUGCAUAUAAUUCCAAGCCUCAGUCAGGAUCUUUACUUAGGAAUAGAUUUUUGGCAGGCUUUCGAUCUUUUGCCAGCCAGUAUGAAUAUAGCAGAAAUAGCUCCGGAGUCGCAUGAUCUUACAACUAGCCAACAGGAAAUACUCAAGUCUGUAGUGGCGCUGUUUCCAUCAUUCGCUAUUUCUGGCUUAGGUAAAACCAGCCUUAUUUCUCACACGAUUGAUAUAGGAGACGCGAAGCCGGUGAAACAAAGGCAUUUUCCCGUUUCCCCAGCAGUCGAAAAACUUCUAUAUGAAGAGGUAGAUCGGAUGUUGAGUUUGGGGGUGAUAGAGGAGUCAGAUAGUGCCUGGUCAUCGCCGGUGGUUUUGGUACAGAAGCCAGGAAAAAUUCGUCUCUGCUUAGACAGUCGAAAAGUCAACGCAGUUACCAAGAAGGAUGCAUAUCCGCUGCCGCAAAUAGAUGGCAUUUUGGGACGACUUCCCAAGGCGAUGUUUAUAUCCAGUCUCGACCUUAAAGAUGCAUAUUGGCAGAUUCCCCUUGAUAAGGCAUCGCGAGAUAAGACUGCUUUCACUAUUCCGGGGAAGCCCCUUUAUCAAUAUAAAGUUAUGCCUUUUGGUCUCACUAAUGCUUCUCAGACAAUGACCAGAUUAAUGGACAAGGUAAUUCCAGCCAGUCUAAGGAACGAGGUUUUCGUGUACUUGGACGAUUUGCUUAUCAUAUCUGAGAGUUUUGAGGCCCAUAUGAGAGUGUUGAGUUUAGUAGCAGGCUUUGUCAAAACAGCUGGUUUGACCCUAAAUGUCGAAAAAAGCAAGUUUUGCAUGCGAAGUGUAAAAUACUUGGGCCAUAUUGUUGGUGAGGGCGUUAUACGUACUGACCCAGAGAAAAUAUCGGCCAUGAAAGAUUUUCCUCUGCCGCAGUCGCUCAAGGCUCUGCGUCGUUUUCUUGGAAUGGCUGGGUGGUACAGGAAAUUCAUUAAAAAUUUUUCCUCUGUCACAGCCGCUCUCACUGAUCUUUUAAAGCCGAGAAAAAAGUUUGUAAUGUCAGAGGAGGGAGAAAGAGCUUUCGAGCAGCUGAAGAAAUGUUGUGUUCGGCCCCAGUUUUGCACAGCCCAGAUUUUAGUAGACCAUUCUUUAUACACUGCGAUGCAAGCAAGACCGGUGUGGGAGGCGUUUUAGUGCAAAAAUCCGAUGAAGGGGAUGAAUAUCCAAUAGCAUUUGUUUCAAAAAAAUUGAAUUCCGCCCAGAAAAGUUACACGGUAAGUGAACAAGAGUGUCUGGCUGCCAUCAUUUGUAUAAAACGGUUCCGAGCUUACGUAGAAGGUCACGCAUUUACGGUUAUAACAGAUCAUGCCUCUUUAAAGUGGCUAAUGUCACAGACGGACUUGCAUUCCCGGCUAGCUCGAUGGGCAUUAAAGCUCCAGAGUUUCGAUUUUAAAAUCGAGCAUCGUAGUGGAAAAUUGAAUGUAGUGCCAGAUGCGUUGUCUAGAGUAAAUGAGUCGGAGUUAGCUGUUUUAGAUGCAAGUCAGGGUUUACUAGUGGAAUUAGAUUCACCUGAAUUUAAAAGUGUAGAAUACUUGGAGUUAUUGGAAAAGGUCAAAGCCAAUGCUGAGAAACUUCCAGAUCUGACAGUAUCUGAUAAUUUGGUAUAUCGCAGAACAGAGCAUGCCACAGGCGAACCCUUACACGAUGUGUUUAAUUGGAAACUUUGGAUUCCGCCCAAAUUAGUACCAGAAGUGCUGAAAAAGGCUCAUGAUGAUCCACUGGCUUCCCAUGGAGGUAUUCAUAAAACAUUAGAAAGGGUGCGACGGUAUUAUUUCUGGCCAGGAUUGGUAAACGAUGUAAGAGAUAUAUUCAGGCUUGCGAUACUUGCAAGAUGGCAAAAGCGCCAAAUUGUAUACAACGACCGCUAAUGGGUACUUCUCCGGAAUCCCAGAGAUUCUUCCAGAGGUUGUUUGUAGAUUUUCUCGGACCAUACCCCCGGUCAAGGAGUGGGCAUAUAGGGAUUUUUAUAGUCCUGGAUCACUACACGAAGUUUGUGUUUUUGAAAGCUGUGAAGAAACUCACAGCGGAUGUGGUGAUCAAAUAUAUGCAGCAGGAUCUUUUUCAUACUUUCGGAGUGCCAGAAACUAUUGUAUCUGACAAUGGUAGCCAGUUUAAAUCCGAGGCAUUUCAAAAGUUUCUGCGGGAAAAUAAGGUAGGCCAUACUCUUACCGCUGUUUAUUCGCCGCAAGCCAAUGCGUCUGAAAGGGUGAAUCGGUCUGUUAUAGCGGCAAUCCGUUCUUAUGUUCGACCGGAUCAGAAAGAUUGGGAUGAGCAGCUUAGCAGCAUUUGUUGUGCAUUGCGGUCGGCUGUCCAUUCAAGUAUUGGCACUUCACCUUAUUAUAUGGUUUUCGGACAGCAUUAUAUAUCUUCCGGUUCGACUUUUAAACUAUUGAGGAAUUUGCAAAUGUUGGAAGAUAGGUCAGCGAUGUUUACCCGAGAGGAUUCAUUGGAUAUAAUUCGUAGUAAGGCCUGCGACGUAAUGAAGAGGCUAAAUGAAAAGAACUCGCGCCAGUAUAAUCUGCGUUCCAGGGAUAUAUCUUACGCGGAAGGGCAAGAGGUGUAUAGACGUAAUUUUAAACAAAGUAAUUUUGUGGCGGGAUACAAUGCCAAGUUAGCUCCAACGUACUUAAAGGCCAGAGUUAAAAAGAGAGUUGGCCAAUCAUAUUACGAUCUAGAGGACCUGCAAGGGAAGUAUGUUGGGCGGUAUCAUGCAAAGGAUAUGAAGCAGUAGUAACGCUGCCCUUUGCUUUGGUUUAUCUGUCUUGGAUGUGUAACCCCCAAGACAGAUCUUUAGCGGGGGGUAUUUGUAGCGCUUGGUGCAGCUGCAGAUAGUCCAACGCCAUCUAGAUACGAAGUAAAAAGAAAAAAAUCGGUGGCGCCAUCUAGAUCUCGAUGGGGAGAAUUGGUGGCCUGGCAGGGUUAGAUCAUUUGGGGUAACAGGGCGAAAUGUCAGACUUUCUCUGAGUGAGAGAAUUUCUCCAAUUAGGUGGAGAGAUAGGUUGCCGCCUUUAUUGCGGCGUCACUAGCCGCCAUUCCUAAUUGGGCAACCAAAGUGGUCGGUUGAGUAAAAAGUGUGAAAUCAGUUAACCAGCGAAAGUGCUCGAAAAGCAGAGGCGGCUACCAACAGCCGCACAGUUACCACGGCAAGGAAGUUACCCAGAAGGAAGAUCCCAGCGGGAUUCCGACCAAGUUCAGGGGUGUUGGCCAAAAGGUGCCGCCCCCAAGUCCAAGACGCAACCCGUGAGGUUAGAAGCAGGCACCAGUUUUUUUCGCAGUGCUGUGAAGCCACCACAGCGCAAAAAGCCACCAGUGAUCGGCGCUCCAAAGAGGAGAAGGAGGAGACCACGGAUGGACGGCCGGCAGAAAACAUAAAAAGAAAUCAGCGGUCAA